GGAGAGAGCGGAGAGCGGAGAGAGGAGAGAGAGUCCGAGCGAGGAGUUGGAGUCCGCACCGUUUCCCCUGCACGGCUGCCAUUGUUGAGUGCAAUGAUUGCUUCCAGUCCCCGGGCAAUCGACUCAGGCCGGGUCUUGGCCUCUGACAUCUGUUGCGGCCUGGAGAACCUGCCAGUGCCGGUCAUUAACGGAGUGGAUGAUGAGGGGUUGCCUCCCGUGCAGCAGUAUACGCCUGAAAAUGUGGCUGGGCCAGGAGAAGAUCUUGAUCCCACGGAAAUAAAUCUUCCAGGAUGUGACUGCUUAACCGCUUCCUGUAAGGCGGAUACAUGCACUUGCCUGCAACGCUUCAAAGGAGCUUAUGAUGAAAGCAUGUGCCUUGUGGACCUGAAAGAUAAGACAAGCUACUCCAGGCCAGUUUUUGAGUGUAACAUCAUGUGUAAAUGCAGUGAGGCCUGUAAGAACAGACUUGUCCAAAACGGUCUUGUCUUUAAACUGCAGGUGUUCAGAACGUUAAUGAAAGGAUGGGGCCUUCGGACACAGGAACCAAUUACGAAAGAAAGAUUUGUUUGCGAAUAUGGGGGUGAAAUCAUUGAUUUUCUGGAAGCCAGCAGGCGGAUCCAGUGCCAAAACUCUGACGACAUGAACUAUAUCAUCGCAUUGAGAGAACACCUGAGUACUGGAGAAAUACUGCAGAUUUUUGUUGACCCUACCCACACUGGCAACGUUGGCCGUUUCCUCAACCAUUCUUGCGAUCCCAAUCUCUACAUGGUUCCUGUUCGUGUUAACUCCAUGAUUCCAAGAUUGGCCCUUUUUGCAGCUUGUGAUAUUGCAGCAGAGGAGGAGCUGUCGUAUGACUAUUCUGGAAGGUUCAAUAGUCUUGUGAAGGAAGACAGAACUGAGGAAGUGGCUGGUGGACAGACUCUUUCCCUUAAGCCAUGUUAUUGUGGUGCACGGACAUGUAUUGGCUCUCUGCCCUUUGAUAGCUCACUCUAUAAUCUCAAGGACAAGUUAACCGUGACUUAGCUUUGGCCAUUAUACACUUUUAGCUUUUGAUUCAGUUCAUUUGAGUUUGCAGUUAAUACUUGUUGAUGCAGUAGUAUGGUAUGUGUUAGCCACUUACAUUUGCAAUAUACACAUGUGAAAACAGUGUUGGGUUAUUUAUGAUUCAUCACAGUCACUUGCACUUAUUUUAUAACAAGAACAUCUCAAUGUUGUCUCAAAUUGCAUUUUCAGUGGUCAUUUUUCCUAUUUUCCUUAAAUUUAUAGAUCCAUUUGAUUGGAGAAUUGGAAAAAUCUGUCCAGACCUGAGAGAAUAUUUGCUUAAUUUAGCUGAUCGCAAGCAUCUGAUUAAAUUGUGUGGCUCAACU